AUGAGUCAAGCGUCAAAGACGAUAAAUGAUGCAUCGAAGUCUGAUUCGCCGCAAACGGCUGAAACGAAGGUUUACUAUUACCUCGAUGACGACAAUACUCCAUUCGUGUCCAUCUUACCUGUGCCACCUGAUUCAGCUACUUUAAGAGACUUCAAAAAAGUGUUCACUAGAAAAGGCUUCAAGUAUUUUUGCAAAGGAUUGGAUGCUGAUAUCAAGAGAGAAGUAAAGAUUGAGUUAUGCGACGAUUCCGCUGCUUUAAAGAAGUCGACGAAUGGUCUCAUUGAACUAUUUCUGCAUAGUUGUAGCGGUCCAGGUAUACUGCCGCGAUCUGGAACACUACCGAGAAGAGGCCAAGCUGAUUAUUCGUCUGAUAUCGAAAUGUUAAACAAGUCUGGCAGACGACGAUCUCUUGCUAAUCUGGAUCUUCUUGACGCUUCUGAAAGUACCCAUCCUGCCAGCAGUUUUGGAGGAACGAUUGUUAGCAGACGCGCCGGUGAGCAUCUUGCCGAACUAUACACCUCAAAUUCUGAGAACUUCUACAAUGAUUCUACAAGGUCAGUUGAGAAAUAG